UCAAAUUCUCUCCUCCCAAUAAUUAGUCUUUUUAUUUUUUCUUCUUCAUUUCCCUCUUAGCAUUUCCAAACCAAAGGCCAAAGGCAAAGACGUUAAUAAGAGUAGUAAUGAUACACAAGAAAAAGGUUUUCCUCUCACAUUCCAGUUUUGAACUACUUUUGAAGCUUCUUCUUUAAGACUGGGGUCUUAUUACUACUAUUACUUCAACUACUACUAUGUCUUGUUCGAAUCCGAAUCAGGACACCAAGUGCAAGAUCAGGAAGCGUAACUGUUCGUCGUCGUCGUCGUCUUCGCUCGUGAGAAAGUAUCGAUUCAAGCGGGCAAUUCUGAUGGGGAAGCGAGGGGGUUCGACCACACCGGAGCCGGUUUCCAUGGCGGAAGCCGGGAACGGAGGGAAAGGUAAGGAGGCUGCUCCGGCGGCCUCGGUCUCGGCGAGGAAGCUCGCGGCGACUCUCUGGGAGUUGAACCAAGGUCCUUCUAAGAAGAAAGAUGGAAGCAAGCUUGAUAAAUUACCCAAACUACCCUCUCAUUCGGCUUCAUUGCCUCCAGAUCCAUCCUAUACUCCCAUUUCAGACAGAAGAAGAGAUGACCAUGCUGAAAGGGUAGGCCACCACAGAACAAUGUCAGCCGUAACCCAGAAAUUUCAGCUGACCGAUUACUAUUUGGGGGGUUUGGAUUCGCUCAGCACUGCCAGUUUAAUGGAGGUUGAAGAUCAAGCUCGAGCCAAAACACACCACCAUCACCACAAGAAAUGCGUCACUGGAGGCUCCAAGACUCGUUUGAAGGAGGUUAGUAGUGGACUUGCUACGUCCAAGGAGCUCGUAAAGCUCUUGAACCAUGUCUGUGGUCUUGAAGAGCAGCGUUCGUUGAGUACAUCCCUCUUUUCUGCGCUGCGUUUUGAGCUCGAUCGAGCUCUUAUUCAUGUUGAUCGGUUUAUCAGAGAACAGAGGUCAAACCGUGGCGAAAUAGAGUUACUGAUGAAGCAAUUUGCUGAAGAAAAAGCAACCUGGAGAAGCAAGGAGCGAGAGAGGAUUCGUGAAGCCAUGUCGUGCGUGGCAGAAGAGCUCAAGGCAGAGAAGAAGUUGAGGCGACAAACUGAGAGGCUGAACAAGAAGAUUGGCUGUGAAUUGGCGGAUGCAAAGGUGGCUCUUUCAAAGGCGAUUAAGGAGCUGGAGAGGGAGAAGAGGGCGAAAGAGAUAUUGGAGCAAGUGUGUGAUGAGUUAGCUAGGGGAAUUGGAGAAGACAGAGCUCAGGUUGAAGAGCUGAAGAGGGAAUCCGAGAAAGUUCGGGAAGAAGUUGAAAAAGAGAGGCAAAUGCUUCAGCUUGCUGAUGUGUUGCGCGAGGAGAGAGUUCAGAUGAAGCUCUCAGAUGCUAAGUAUCAGUUUGAGGAGAAAAAUGCAGCUGUUGAGCAGCUCAGGAAUGAACUUGAAACCUAUUUGGUAUCCAAAAUGGGAGGAGGAGGAGAAGAAGGUGAAUUAGGCUCUCCCAAGUUCGAAAAGAUUAAGGAACUUGAGGCUUACUUGAAGGAAAUCAACUUUGGAUCAUCUCUGAAAGAGGAGAAAGAAGAUGAAGGAAACGUCGAAAAAAGACAAGAAGAAGAAGAUGAUGAUGAUAAUGAUGAUGAUGAAGAAGAAGAGGGUGGUGAUGACUCUGCUGAUAGUGACCUUCAUUCCAUUGAGCUGAACAUGGAUAACAACAACAGGAGUUACAGGUGGAGCUUUGCUUGUGGAGAGGAAUUCAAUGAAGACGAUGAAGAAUCGAAAAGGGUUUCGUUUGAUAGAGAUUUCAAGGGAAGAAAAUCCAUCUCUGAAAAGAUUCAAUGGGGAAGCAUCUGCUUGAACAAAAGUCACAAUGGUCUUGAGUUGGACUUCGGCAACAAAAGUCAGGGGAAUUCAGAUGGUGUUGUUUGCCAAGCUAAGAAACAAGAGUUUGAAGAUGAAUUCAAGAGAUACAGAUCAUCUAUCAAGGGUCUUGCAGAUCAUAUAUUAUCAGGGUCAGAAAUGGUACCAAUUCAUGGUUUUACAAGUCCAAGUCCGCAAUGGGGUUAGAGCUUUGGUUUUUUUGAAGAGUUAAAAAAAGAAAAAGAAAAAGAAAAAAAGAAUUUAAUUUUAUUGGCAAAGAGACCAUUUUGAAAGUCCAAGCUAGUUAAGGAACAUGAGAGGUGAAUAUAUCAGUCUCUAAAGUACCUACUUUUUCUCCCAAUUUGUUUUGCCUCUGAGUUUCAUGCGUUUUUGUUUUCCAAAUAGUUGGAAGCUUGCUUGUGCUUAUUUGCAUUAGUCAAGUUUUGCGCAAUAGAUUUGCACAAUUGUAAAUACAAUCUUGUAAAAUGAUGUAUGCAAUGUCCAUUAUAAUUUAUUUAUACAAAAGUACUUUUCAA